UGAAUCAAAUAUUUGUCAUUUGACAGAAUCUCGGCGAAGUCCCCUGACAAAAUCAAAAUUUCUCUGUAAAAAAUCCUCAAAAAUUCCAAAUUUAAGUGUAUUUUUUCUUCUUUGUUGUUUAUAUUAACUUGUCAGGAUGAGUUUAACAAGCUGUGAGUUGUGCACUUUAUACCAGGAUUGUGAAACGAUUGUGGAGUGCGAGUGCCUGGUUGACAACGUCGUCGAAUCUGCCAUCAUGCACACAUAUCCAAAGAACUAUGAGUGUGAUGAGGAGGCACUUCGUCGAGAUAUAAAAGAAUACAAAGAACUCCUGUGGGCCAUUAAGGAUGAAAAUACUUUGUUGAAGGUUAAAAAUCGAAGAUUAGAGGAUAUACUAAAGAAGAAAAACAAGAUUGUUGACAGUCAUUAUCUUGGAACUCAUAAUAAAAUACUAUUUAAAGAGACAGUGCACCAAUUCACGCAUCGAAUUGAAGCUCUUCAGAGUGAAAACGAAGAACUCAAGCAAGAAUUGAAUGACAAAGAGUCUAUGAUUCGAAAACUGCGCAAAACAUUGAGUACUUGCUCCGCCUACAAACCCGCACCACGUCGUGUAACCUCGAAAAAGAAAAUUACAUCAGCUUCUACUUCCGGAUCAAUGGGUUCACGCACCAGUCGAGCUACAGUACGCUCUCAAGAUCAAGAAUCUACAGGAACCGAAGAAAUCACCGAGGAAUUACUAAAAAUUAAACUUAAAGAUAUCAGCGAUACAAACACCGAAGGCGAACAUGAUACAGACCGAGCGGUGUCUUGUUCAUUAUUAUUAGACACACCACAUGAAGAAAUCGAAAAAUUACAUUCGGGGUUUAAAGAUAUUUUAUCAGAAGUUGGCAAGUUGAAAGAUUCAGUUGGUGAAAUGCAUGAUCAACAUGCACGAGCAGUUUGUGAGAUGCGCAUGCGCGAGAAAGAGUUAAUGGCGAGGAUUCAGGACAAAGAAGAAGAAUUUGCAUAUCGAAAUAUACGAAAACAAGCGUCUGGAGGUGUUACAGUUGAUACAGAUCGGCCUAGAUUAAGUAAAACAGCUUCUAGGAAGGCAACCAGUGUAUUUGCAAGAAUUCUCCCUGCGCAUCACACAAAAUCACCUUCAAAACAACAAAAAGGUAAGAAUCGCAACGGGCUAGCAAUCCGCACGGCGUCGAAAAAUGUACUCCACGACGAAACCGAUAUGCGUCUGUACAUCGACGAAGUUUUAACCGAAAUGAAUCGCCAGAAAUAACUUGUUUACUAUGUUCCAUCCAAUAAACUCGAAAAGACUCGAAUCAAA